AUGAAUUUGGUAAAAGUUAUAAUGUCUACUACACAGCAAGAAAUUUCUUGCGCUGUAUUACAAGAUUUUCAUUUUCGUAAACUUCAUGAAAAUAAAGAUUUAACUGUUUUAUUUAAAUGUACAAUAAACAAAUGUUCAGCAUACAUAACAGUUGAUAGCAACAACAACGUUAUUCGUACAAGUAGUCUUCAUAAUCGUAUGGUUAAGACUGAUGAAGAAACUAAAAGUGUUAUUCGUGGCAUGAAACGUAAAAUUGAAGAAGAUCCUGGUCAUCCAAUGCCACAAGUGUAUAAAGAGGAACGAUUCCUUGACAAUCCCGGCAAAAAACGUGUUAUUGUGCGAAACAGUAAACGACAUCCUGCCUAUAGGAUUCAUGGCGGCACUGCGAAACAAAAUACAACAGUAUUAUUUUAUAUAAGUGCUGGAGUUGAACAACGUCAAAAAACGAUUGCACAUCAAAAACAACGUACAAACAAUGAAUUACAAGAAUAUUUAAUUAAUUUACAAACAAAUGUCGAAUAA